AUGACUGUUCUGGAGGCGGAGCUAGAGACCUUGUCCGUGGACCAGGCUGCGUCCACGGCAGGAAACGGUGGUCGAACGGAAGGCGGCGGCAGUCGCAACAACAGCAGUGCACGAGAUAGAGAGUCCUACAAGUCGUGCCUGGAGGCUAUGCUGGAUGAGCACUACGAUGCCUUGGACGACGCCGACCACAACAUCACCACCAGCAUUCCCACCAGUCUCCUCGAAACCAUCAUCAAGGCUAGUAGCACUGCACCACCCAUCACCAUCAGCGAGGAGGGCUGCAGCGACGCCUUUCGCCCCGUGGAGGUGUCCACCAUGCUAGCCGUUCUGCCGGGACUGAUGGUGGAAAGAGAUCCCCUCCUUACGACAGCUGCUACAACGACGGCGAGAAGGUCAUCCACGGCGGCGACCGACGGACAGACAGUUGCGUCAAGGGCGGGGGGUGUAGGCGGCGGGGACGGAAGCGGUGCGGAGGGCGGCACUUCAGCGGCUUCGACAAAGCCAGUCUCCCACGGCGGCGAUGCUUCGCGUACCAUCCCGUCUCUUCGCCGUGGCAACGCCAGUAGCAGUGAUGACGUCACCAAUGACGCCGCCGACAGGAAAGACCGCCGUUUUCCGCCAAUAAGCAGCAGCAAGAGCAACGGCAACAACCACGCCAUCUCCCGGCCGCUGGGGAAGCCUCAGCAUCAGAUUCGGCACGGGGCUUCGGUGGCUGCCGAUGGGGGGCCGGUCAACCCCUACGCUGUGCCCCCCGCCUCCCGCAGCGCCGGGAGAAGCACCAACAGCAUUAACAGCUCAGCGACUACUACUCCGUUCCCACCAAGCAAUGUUCGAGGCGUGGCGAGGACGCCUGUCCAGGGGUUUCCGGGGUCAGGAGGGGCGGGUUCAGACGGGGGUGAAAGGCGUUCGUCUACAUCCAACGGCUGCGAAAGUCGGGCACCCCCAGGCGAUCUUGACGCUGGUGCCAGAGGUGGAGGCGGCAGCGGCAACGGCCACGACACCUUGAGGAGAAGAGGAGGGGAGCAGCAGCGAAGUUGGGACGGGCGAGAUAGCGGGAGAGGGGGGGUGUGGAGCGGCGGUAGCACCGGCGGAAAUCAGGGACAGCGUGUUGGCGGUAGCAGCAACGGCUACAGCAACGGCUGCGGCGAGUACGAGAACGGUCACGGCAGGUACGGCAGCAGCAGCAGCAGCUUUGACGACGAGGUGAACACGAGGGGAGGACAGGGACCCUCCAUUCCCCCCCGGCUACCCAACGGGCCCGGCCUCGUUCGAAAACGGAAGUUCGUUCCCCCAGGACGGCUUGACAAUAACAACAACAACAGCGGAGGCAAGUUCCCCGGAUCAGCCGCUCUUGGUGGACGAGGGGGCGGCAGCAACGGCGGCAGCGAGGGCGCAGGCGGCCGCGGCGGCGGCGGCGGGGCGGAUGGCGAGGAGGAACUGCCGGAAGAGUUGCAGCACCUCGAAAAGGCCAUGGUGGACAAGAUUCUGCAGGAGGUGCAGCAGAAGGGGGAUCCCGUCACGUUCGACCAGAUCGCAGGCCUGGAGUUCGCCAAGAAGAGCGUGAUCGAGCUGGUCUGCUGGCCGAUGGAGAGGCCGGACAUCUUCACGGGGCUAAGGUCUCUGCCCAAGGGGCUGCUGCUCUUCGGACCCCCAGGAACCGGCAAGACUCUAAUCGGCAAGGCCAUCGCACACCAGUCCGGAGCGACGUUUUUCUCCAUCUCCGCGUCGUCAUUGUGCAGCAAAUGGAUCGGCGAAGGGGAGAAAAUGGUGCGAACCCUCUUCGCCGUUGCUGGAUACCACCAGCCGGCCGUGAUCUUCAUUGACGAGGUGGACUCGAUGCUGUCCAUGCGGAGCGCGGACGAGAACGAGGCUAGCCGCCGCCUCAAGACCGAGUUCCUCAUUCAGCUCGAUGGCGCUGGCACAAAAGCCGCCGAUCGUGUGCUGGUGGUUGGCGCUACCAAUCGGCCUCAAGAACUAGACGAGGCGGCGAGGAGAAGGUUCGUCAAACGGCUUUAUGUUCCUCUACCGGACAAGACCGGUCGUCGCCAGCUGAUGAACAUCCUCCUCAAGACCAGCGUCAGCAGCCUUACCGCAGAAGACGUGGAGACAGUGGUGGAAGGGACCGAGGGUUUUUCAGGGGCAGAUCUCCACGCCCUGUGCACGGAGGCUGCGAUGGGGCCUGUCAGAGACUUGGGCAGCAACAUCUGCAGCGUCAAGGUGUCCGACGUUCCCCCCAUGGAAACCCGGCAUUUCACGGAAGCCCGGCAGUCCAUGCGUCCCAGUGUUGGCGCGGAAGAGAUCACCCACUACCUCAAGUGGAAUGAGGAGUUCGGCUCGUUCAAGCGGAUGUAAAAACUGUUGAGCUCUACAGGCAGUCUACGUUGGUGUUUUGGGAUACAGGUUCAAUCAACCUGAGUGUAACCAGGAACCAUGCCGAAGACUGCAUGCGCUCCACCACUUGCGCUCCUCCUUCUUUGCAUUUUUACUGUUUUCGUUCACACGUCUAGAUGGACACACCAGUCUGUGUACACCUUUCGCGAUACUGCAUGUUUGACUGUUUGACUGUUUGACUGUUUGGCGUGCUUGUUAGGUCACACAAAUACUGUAGUACUAAAUACGCAACGGGUAUUCGCCAGGGCGCUUGUCUUGUCGUUUCGUAAAAUUCCACGCGUUGACAAGCAUGAAGGUGUCGCGGGAUCCUUCGCGUGGUGCGUGACAGUCACGAUAUCAGUCGGAGCUUGCCCGUUCUGCCCUGAAGCGUGUUGCGCUCGUACGCAUGGGCCCCUAUUCUUGUCGAUAGAGGCACAGUCUUGGUUGCGACGCCUCAAACAUCCAUUCCCGCGAUCGCAUCGCGUUGCUGGCUUGGUUCCGCCCUCAUGUACGAAGACCUGCGAUUCUGUGGUGGGUAUCUCCGCUGUACGUGCUUGCUUGCGUCGUGGCCCAAUCGUUCGUUGUCUGGCGAAACACGUACUACAUAUGUUUCUGUGUGUUGGUGGCCACAUUGUCGCAGUGAGGCUCCAUCUCGUGGUGCUCGUUGUUCUUUGGUGCGCGAAUAUGUAUAAAAGGCUCCCCUUCGGGAGUUAGGUGGCUU